CAGAAAUUACAAUGCACCGCUUACAAAAAACGAAAGUGAAAGUGUCGCUUCGGGAAAAACGUUCAAUUUUGAUAAUUUUAUGCCUAACAAUGACAAGGAACAAGACAGCAUAUAGUUGACAGGCUAAAUACUUUCUGACCUGCAUGUCCAUGGAUGCCGCCAAAGCAAAACUCCAAAAAUAAUAAUGUCUGGAGGAGCAACACGACCAGUGCCCCUUGGGGAGGAAUGUCAACAGAAUGAUCACAUGUCACAACAGGAGAACACCAUUGGUUUCUACCUUGAAUGCUGUUUUGAAUACAUUGUGGAUCAUUUGGAUUGGAAAGACCUGCUGCCAUAUGAAUACUUCAAUAGAGAUGAUAGAAUGAAAAUAAGAGGUAUGUCGAAAAAAGCUUCCAACCCAAGAGAUGUUACCCAGUUUUCGUUGGAAACUAUUAUUGAGAUGAAUCAUCCUGACAAAUUUUCGAAGCUGUUGGAGGUUGUUGAAGAAGCAGAGAACCCCAAAAUACUGAAAAUCUUAACGGCUCAGGCGAUUCCACAGAACGCCAACAAAGGAGAUAAGAUUAUAGGCAAAUAUAUUAAAAAGAUCAUGGACAAUCUCAACGUUGUUGAUAUUCUACCUUGUCUCCGUGCACACGGUGUUAUUUCACAACGGGAGUGUGAAGAAGCUUUAGGUCAAAUUCAACUUGGUGGCAGAGCGCUGGCAGCUUUUGAUCUUUCGCUUAUGAUUCCCAACAGACAUGAUUCCUGGCUGGCGACAUUUAUUCUGGCUUUGAUUGAAAGUGACCACGCGGAUAAUCAUCGAUCUAUAGCUAAUGCAAUAAGCCAUGAUCUUGUUCUAGUUGCCGACGAGUAUUUGAAACUAAAAGAACCCAAGCCUGAAUGGAAGGACUUCUUAAAGUAUAAAGGAGAAGUUUGCCUGGCUUCACUUAGUUCUGUUUUUUCAUUUCGAGAAGAAGAUGGAAAACGUAGACAAUGUCCUCCAUCUAAUCACGCCGAUGGCACGGGAGAGGCGCCCGAACCCAGGAUGCACGAGCUUCAUGUUUCCUUUGAUGGAAAACAGAGACAAUGUCCUCCAUCUGAUCACGCCAACGGUUCGACAGAGGCUCCCGAACCCAGGAUGCACGACCUUCAAGUUUCCUUUGAUUCUGGUGAACCAUCGCAGAAUAACCUUAGCCCAGCAAAGUUUGAAGCUGAAGAGAAAAGUAUACUGACGAAACAAGAAGACAACUCGUCCGUGCAGUCGAUGGACCUGUCGUUUUCCUCGUUGCUGAUUGACACAGAAAAUACUAGCGAGUCUGGAUCACAAGAGACCAGCGGUCGUGCAAGGGAUCAUUUAGAUUCUUCAUCCGGUGAGGAAGCUCUAGACAACGCUCUUAAUGACCUGAAAGUUCCCGAAAAAUCUCACCUAAACACUCAGAAGAGUUUUUCAUUUGACGCGAUCAAAGAUGGCAAGAGAACAAAUGUUUCAGCAGAAAAGAGUAUGAAAGACAAAGAUUGCUGUGGGGAGAUUGAUUUAUCACCGUAUCAAAAACUAACACAACCAAAAUACAAUGAAGUUGGUGAAAAAUGUGCUGAACUACACAAGGUUCGUGAGAAGUCUCGGAGUCCACCAGAGAAAAAUAUUAACGAGACGAGGGAACUUUAUCGGCGAUCCCCCGAAGGUUUGAAUAUCACAGGAGAUACGCCUGAUGAUCUUUCCAUUGAGACCGAUUUAGUCGAGGAUAAAGACAUUGAACUAAGGGGUUACCAGAAUGAACUUGCUGCACCAGCAAUUGAAGGCAAAAAUGUCGUCAUUGUUGCUCCAACUGGUUCGGGGAAAACCAGAGUUGCCUUCAAGAUCAUACAGGAGCAUAUUCGUCGACAACUUGGUCAUGGUAUUCCGAAAGUUAUUUUCCUUGUUAAUCAAGUUGCUCUGGCAAAUCAACAGGGAUCCGAAUGUAAAAAGCUUCUCCCCAAGUACAAAACCCAUACGAUCACCGGCGAUUCACAGAGAUCCAAAAACGAGUUUCUGAAGGACUUCAUAGACAAGAGAGAUAUAUUGAUCGUCACUGCCCAAGUUCUACUGGAUUCUUUGGUUAGAAAGGAGAUUGAGAAUAUAUGCAGAUUCUCGCUCAUCAUAUUUGAUGAGUGUCACCAUACCCAGUCCAACCAUACCUUCAACCAGAUAAUGUGGUUGUAUCUGGAUAUGAAGUUCAAAAAAGAAGUUGUUAACUUACCUCAGAUCGUUGGCUUGACAGCUUCAGUCGGUGUUGGAAAAUCAAGGGACACUGAAAAAGCCGUUGACCAUAUAAAACACUUGAUGGCAAAUUUGGACGCUGAAGUCAUUUGCACUGUUGAGAGAAAUAUCGGCGAACUUCGGGAACAUGUUAGUCUACCAGAUGAAGAAAUAAAGACUGUCCAAAAAAGGGAAAAAGACUUCUUUGGAAUUGCCGUUGAUAAAUUGAUGUCAACUCUAGAACAGCGAAUGGCAACGUCUUCGUUGGUGAAAGAAAUGUCCGAGGCAGAGAAAUUUGAAGGUGCUCUGAAGGCACCGGCAACAAAGGGAAAUGCAGCUUACACUCAGUGGGUCAGCAAGUUGUGGCAAGAAACGGCAAAGUUGAAAGACUCAAGGGCGAGAAAGUUUCUUCAUCCUAUCAGAGCUCAUCUUGAGUGCUACAAUAACGCCCUCAUAAUAUACAACGACGCGAGGGUAGAUGACGCAUUACGUUACCUUGAUGGAGAAAUGACAAAAUGGAAAGAAAAUGCUAUCAUGGAUGAAAACGAGAAGCUAAUAUACAGGGCUUACAAAAAGCUCAUAUCAUGCGACUUCAGAGUAAAAUGCAGUGAAAACCCAAAACUCGACAAGUUACGAGAAAUGAUCCUUAAGUCUUACGAAGGCGAAAGGGGUGCUGACUCGAGGGGUAUAAUUUUUGUUAAAACGCGGGAACUUGCUCGAGCUAUUGUAAGCUGGAUGAAAGACACGCCAGGUUUACGAGAGCUGGGCCCAAUACAGUUUGUUGGUCAAAAUAUGAGCGCAGACAAAGGAGGUAUGACAAAGGUCGAGCAGGACGAAGCUCUCAAGUAUUUUCGGGAAGGGAGACACAAGAUCAUUGUAGCUACUUCCGUUGCGGAAGAGGGCUUGGAUAUAACCAAAUGUAACCUCGUCAUACGAUAUGACCAUGUUACCAACGAGAUCUCCAAGGUGCAGUCGAGAGGUCGCGGUAGAGCAGCAGAUAGCAAGUAUGUGUUGAUUGCGGAAGAAAGCACGGGAAUGGCAGAAAAAGAGGAACUAAAUAUGAUCAGGGAGGUCAUGAUGAGGAAAGCCAUUAUCUCAUUGCAGGACUAUAUUCAACGCUUCCCUGAACGUUUUCACAGUGAAUUGAAGAGGUUCCAAGAAGAAGCCAAUUUAGACCGGAAGUUGAAGACGUUAGGGACAAGACGAAAACUGGGAAUGAGCGGAAUUGGCCAGUUUGAAUUGAAAUGCUUGAGAUGUGACAGUUUCAUUUGCAUGUCCGAUAACGUUAAGAAAGUAAAGGAGGCACAUCACGUUGUUGUCGAUGAGACGUUGCCGGAUCGAGUGGAUUUCGUUAAAGGAGGGGCAACGAGAUUUGCGGACGAUAGUAUCCAAUUCAGUGGGAAAGUCAUUUGCAAAAGUUGCGGUGGAAAUCUUGGAGUCAUUUGCAUAUACCGCAAUUUGGAAUUUCCAGUUCCAAAAAUUGAGAACUUUCUGGUCGUUGAUAGAAAUGGCAGGCAAAACACGUGCAAGAAAUGGAAGGGUGCUCCUUUUGUAGUUGAAAAGUUAAGUAAUGAGGAUUUCAAGGAAAUAUUGGAAGCUCGUGGAGCAACAGGGGAUUUGUAGAAUCUUGAAACACCAACUACCUGUGUUUGUGUUAGUGUCAUGUUGUGCCACUUCUUUUGUACGUGGAGUUUGAUUUGAAACAUCAUGUUAGUUUUUGAAAUGUUAGUAAAGGAAACAUCAUGUUUGUUUUUGAAACAUCAUGUUAGUAUUUAAAAAAGCAUGCUUGUUUGUGAUACCAAGUGCAGAAGUUUUUCUUUUGAAAACCUAGAAAUAAUAUGUGUAUAUUAGUAAAUGAAAUCCAAUCAUUAUUAAAAGAUGAAUAUUUAUUUUUAUUGUGUAAUAUGAUGUCAAAUAGUAUUUAUUUUUGUUUAGUUAUUGAUCAUUAAUCACUUUGUGCAUCACAUUAAAUACGAUUAAUAACAACUGAAAGAUAAAUGACCAUUAAUGUUCCCGUGUCCUUGCAGACAUAUUACAAUGGACAGGACAACGUUGUUCUAAUUUCAGUAAGAACUUCAUAUUUACUAUAAAACACAUUUCUGCCUGUUGUAGUUCCACGGCCUUGCUUCUCCUUGUCUCUAGCCAUACCGUCAUAACAAUUCACGUCUAGUCUUGAACUUUGUGCUUCUUUAUCAUUUCAAUCACAUGUAAUUCAAAUUAUUUGUAAUCUCGUAUUUCCAUUUUGAUUUAUUAUGUUUGGCGUUGUGUUUAUAUUCCUGAUGCACGUUCUGGUUUCAGCUGUUACUAACAACGAUGCAUGAUGAUAAAUAUUGUUGUUAUAAAUACAAUACAAGUAUUAUAUAUUUGUUUUGAUUUUUUAAGUAAUUUUCAUUAGCAGAAUAUUAUGUUUAAUAAUUGUUUUGUUUUAUUGAUCAAACUUAUGAUUUGAGUAUUUAAAUUGAGCGCUUUAUAUUUGUUAGAAAUAAAACAUA